AUGCUGGUAGUCCUUCUAAUUAUAUUAAAGUUCAAACCAAUGUAUAUAUUGUAUUUCAUUCCUAUGGUCAUCGGAGUGAGCUCUUGGAUGUGAAAUGCUAUGAUACCACUAAAAGAUUAUUAUAGCCUGGAUGAGUUCCAUAUAGUUAGUUGAUGCUUCGGCCACUUGCUUAUGAUCUUAGUGCCAAACAAGUGGAAGGCUAACUCGAUUGUUUACAGCUUAUCAAUGAUACAUUUAAUUUAUAAAAUCUGGAAAACUUUUGGAAUCACAAACCCCGGAAUAAUAUCAAGUUUUGUCGCCUCUAGUAUAUUUUUCACAAUUUCAAGCUACUUGUUGAUAAUGAGGACGAGAAGUAUGUACUCUGAAAUCCUCAAAAACAAAAAUCUCAUAGCAGAAAUGAAGAAAGUCAUGCAAAUCCUCCCCUUCGGUGUUGUCAUCUGGCCCUCCAAAGCCACAGACAAGUGGUUCACCAACACUGAGUUCACCAACAAGUUCACUAAAAUUCGCAGAGACCUCGAAGAACUCAAUAGUAUCGAUGUGUCUUUUGUGGACGAAGACAAACAGAACCACCUAGAUGGACCUCGCGAACUCUCUGCGUUCUUGAAGUCACAGCAACAGCAACUUGACUCUAAAGACUUGAUGACCGACAGCGAUGUCAAGAUCGAGUGCAACCCACACAGUCUUAUCGAACAGGCUGACGACUCAGACAGCAGAACUUGUAACGUCAAGACCCUCAUGGUUGAGUGGGAAGGCGCCGAAGCCUAUAUGCACGUGUUCGUAGAUAUCACCGACUUCAUCAAGCUGGAGGAGGCCAAGAACAGCAUAAAGUGCCAGAAGAUCAUGUUCACAAGUGCAUCGCAUGAGUUCAGGACCCCUCUGAAUUCAAUUACAAACUCAUUUGAUAUUGUAUUUGAUUCUUUUUAAAACAAUUGAAAAGAUUGGGCAUCCCUACUUCUCUCAGUUGCAAGGAAGAAACCAAAUUAUCUUUGAUGAAGGUUUGCAGACAUUGUCCAAAUUUGUUAAAAUUGGGAAGAAUUCAUCAAUGCUGUUGCUCACAUUGGUCGAGGAUGUGUUAAACCUUGCAAAGAUGGAGGCAGGAACAUUCACAAUUCUCAAUGAAUUAUUCCCAAUUCAAGAAGUCCUUGGAGAAGUCCAAGACAUCUUCACUAUGCAAUGUGAGCAGAAAGGACUCCAAUUCGUAUUGGACGUGUCUCCAGAUAUCAAGAACAUGCUAAUCCACUCUGAUAAAGCAAGACUGAAGCAGAUAAUUCUGAACCUGGUGUCCAACUCUUACAAAUUUACAUUCAGAGGGUACAUAAAGAUUGAGUGUAAAAUUAUUGAAAAUGGAGGACAACUGUUUGUUCAGUUUAAUGUGAGGGACACAGGCAUGGGAAUUAGUGAAGAGCAACAGGAAAAAUUAUUCAAGCUGUUCAGCAUGAUCUCUGACACUAAAGGUCUCAACCCUAACGGCACUGGAAUUGGUCUCACUGUUAGCAAACGUUAUGUUGAGGCUAUUGGAGGAGAGAUUCACUUACAUUCUGCACUACGAAAAGGAACUGAUGUCAUAUUCACUAUCCCAAUUGAUGAUGAGUGUGAAUUCAUGCCAAAUAACAUUCAGGAUAAUUUAGAAUCUUGGUAA